AUGUCCCGGUCGCCUGAUGAAAUCGUAGUUCUGGAGGGCUUAAAGCACUGCCGACGGGUUUCGAUCCUUGUCAGGAAUUCGUGCUUCUAUCCGCGCAUUGUAUUCACCGUUUUCUCUGAUAUCGCAUACCGGCGGAAGUUACGCAAGCCACCAUCGGGCUAUGUGAUAUACGCGGGCGAGGUGCGUAAGAAGUUGCUGCAUGAACGCCCAGACGCACCGUUUGGAGAAAUUUCACGCGAAGUUGGUCUUUUGUGGCGCCAAAUGCCCGCCAACGAACGUGAUGUCUAUGAGAGGAAGGCGCAGCUCAUUAAAAGGCGAAUGGAAGAGGAGGAGAGUCAGGUGAAGGCACGUCUGGCUAUCGAACAACAACAACAACAGCAACAGAAUUUACUGCAACAACAGCAGCAACAACAACAGCAGAACCCCCACGUCGGCGGUCCAGUUUUCGGUGGCCCAGGACUACAUCCGGGCGGCAUCCAUCCCGACUCUCUGUCUCGCGGCGCCGCUGGGUCUGUCGAAAACAAUCUUAUC